AUCAUCGUUUAGACAAUAUCGGUUCUUCACUACUUUUUUUCCAAAUUAUAAAACCGGACAGCCGGAAUAAUAUCGUCGGCUCCACAACUGCCACCAGGGCCGCCGCAUUCAUCUACGUCGGGAAAUAGAACAGCUUAUAUUGAGUAAAAUGAACGGUGGAGAUUCAAAGGAUGAUGAGGAGGAACGGGAACAAGUUAUGAGCGAGGUCCAUCUGGGAUGUCCACCUGGCAUCUCCGGUCCUCACAUUUCCCGCUUCACCAUUUGCCUGCCUUCUGGAGUUGAAUCCAGCAGAUUUAAUGGACUGUUCAAAGAAGAGGAAUCUUGUACGGACCAAGAAAUUAGCUUCGAUGAAGAUGGCGACCUGAUUUUACCAAGAAGACGCCAGAUUUCUCGGCGUUGUUUCACUAUGAAAAUCCAGCAUAAUAUCACUUCACCCAUUCCUAAUGUUGGUUUGCAGGUAUGGAAGGCCGAACUAAUUUUGUCAGAUUUUGUGUUACAUAAGAUGUGCACUUCAAUGGAGUUCCAUGGCAUUGUCUCUUUAGAGCUUGGUGCUGGAACAGGGCUUGCAGGCAUGCUGCUUGCGCAUGCUGCUAAGACCGUGUUCUUAACAGACCAUGGUGACCAAAUCCUCGAAAACUGUCUUAAGAAUGUUCAACUUAAUUCUGGAGUCCUUAAUCAUCAGAAAGUAGUUUAUGUGCGUGAACUUGAUUGGACUCACCCUUGGCCUCCUAAAGUUAGCUCAGACCUGGCAACUCAAGAAAGGUUUUCAUGGAGCUCCUCAGAACUUGAAGAAGUCCAGAAAGCUUCUCUGCUUUUAGCUGCUGAUGUCAUUUACAGUGAUGAUCUUACAGAUGCGCUAUUUGGUAUCUUAGAGAGAAUAAUGUCGCAAGGGUCUGAAAAGGUGUUAUACUUGGCACUGGAAAAACGCUACAACUUCAGUCUUGAUGAUCUUGAUGUUGUAGCAAAUGGUUAUUUAAAUUUCAGAAGUUACUUGAAAGAUGACAGUGAAUGUGAAGGCCUUGAGCUUGGUUCCUUGCCUUGUUUUAUGGGUAAAUGUAUCGAUGUUGCAGAAAUUCCACAGUAUGUGGGAGGAUAUGACCGAGGAGAUGAUGUUGAGCUUUGGGAGAUUAGAUACAGUAAAGGAAAGCUAUAAUUGAACGUUGAAAGUGAGGAAUUUGUAGGUGAAUUCCAUGGACUUUCCGGCUUGGGCAUCACCACAGGCUUCUAAAUGAAGAUUUUGGGAGAUGUGAAGUCGAAGCACGGUCACGUUAGGGCGAUGGGAUCGUUUUAUAUAUGCUAAGAUUAGAGCUCAAGUUUGAUUUGAAAUUCAGGUCUCAAAGCUCAAUACUAGCUUAAUCAAGUUUUGCUUUUAAAUCUCGAGCUUGGUUUGAGGUGAAAAUUUGAAUUGCUUGAGCUGAUUCGGUUGAACUUGUUUAGUUAUUUCCCAGGCUCGACUUCAAGAUUGGGUCGAGUUCGAUUAGAUAUUUCUCAAUAUUAAUUAAAAACAAAUACUCAAAAUCUCUGUUUA